AUGCUUCUUAAACACCUCAUAUUCUCCAUCGUUCUGGGCGCCAUUGCCGUAGCCGCCCUCCCACAGCCCGAGUCCCAGGAAUGGGGCCUCGAGGUGAGAGACAACGAGGAGCAGAUGAACAACAAUCACAACCACCAUCAAAAGAACUGUCCCGACGGCCAGUUCAGGAAGGGAGACCGCUGCGUCUGCCCUGAUGGCCAGUUCAAGAAGGGAAACCACUGCUUCUGCCCCGACGAUCAGAUCAAGAUGGGGAACCGCUGCUUCUGCCCUGAUGGGCAGUUCAAGAAGGGAAACCGCUGUGUCUGUCCUGACCGCGAAGUGAGGCAGGGAAACCGUUGCAAGUGUCCUAAGAAUGAGUACCGCGAUCACAAUGGGAAUUGUAGGGGUGGCUAG